CCAGUGUGGGGAAACCAUUGCUGUAAUGGAAGUGUGAUGACAUGAAAAGCAGCAGCUCUUCAUGCUUUCUAACAUCAGCACUGACUGUCACUUUGCAUGCAGCUCACUGCAGACUUCAAAGAAAAGACUCAAGAAUACUACAAGCCGAGAAGGAGAAAAAGUCCAGGAACAGUGCUACAGUGCUAGAGAAAGCCCAAAGUAUACCUGGAGAUAUGAAUCACAACAGUACCAACAACAUCCGCCCCGAAGUAGAACUGUUCCAGCUGAUCAUGUACGCUCCCACGUUUUCCUUGGGAUUGCUGUUCAACGUGAUGGCAUUGUCAUUCCUGUUUUUUAAAGCUAAAAAGCUGUCAGAAUCUACAGUCUACAUGAUAGCCCUCAUUUUCCUGGAUACCGUGCUGCUGUUCACUCUUCCAUUUAAAAUAAUUUCCUAUCACCAUCCAAACAGUUGGAAAUUGGGGUCAGUGUUUUGCUCCAUCUUGGAGAGUCUUUACUUUGUAAACAUGUAUGGCAGCAUCCUCAUCUCCCUCUGCAUCUGCAUAGAUCGCUACAUUGCUAUCAGGCACCCUUUCACGGCUCCCACCCUGCGAUCCACCAAGAAAGCUGCUGUGGUCUGUGCUGUCAUCUGCCUGGGGGUCUCAGCUGGAACUGUCUCUACUUUGCAAUUGCAUGAAGAGAGCCACAACAUCUCAUCCUGCUUCCAUAACUUCUCCAAAAGCACAUGGGAAAACACAGCCCUGUUCAGCGCCCUGCAGACCACCUUCCUGGGCAGCAUGACAGCCAUGGCCUUCUGCACCGUUCAGAUCGUCAGAUGUCUGAGAAAGCGCAGGAAACCAGACAACCCCCAGACGUAUGCCACCAGAGCAGAGAAGAUAGUAGUGGCAAACUUCAUCACGUUUUUGGUCUGUUUCACACCUUACCACGUGACAUUCCUCCUGUACUUUUUGGUGAAGAAUGGCAUCAUGCACAUCGCUUCUCAGCCAAAGCUACGAGACAUCCUUCAAAUCACCCUUUGCUGGGCAAACCUGAACUGCUGUCUGGAUGGGGUCUGUUAUUAUUUUGUUUUAAAGGAGUCCUUGGAAAGCCCGUUACAAAAGAGUGAAAGAACAGCCAGAAAAAAGCUUGAUCCACAUGCUACAUUUGGAGAUGCUUGCACGAAAACAACAGGAUCCUGAACUACUUACCUCAAUUAUUUAAAUAUUCAAAUCUGAAAACAUUUCACACACAAAAAAA